UGAAAGUUGCUCCAGUGAGAGGGCGUACAUACGUGCGUUUAUUUGUUUGAGUUUGUGUAUUGUCAUUUGCACACAUGCAUAUUUUACAUAUGGGAGUACUUUUAGGGUUAUGUCCCGCUUUUAGUGAUCUGUUAAUGCUUCGCAAAUUGUUUUGAGAGCAAGAAAUUCCUAGUAUAAUUCAUAUUGAUUGGAAAGAGCGGACGUGCGUCAUCUAACGCGCGGUAAUGGAGAAGCGUUUGUAUUAUUUACGAUACGUAAAUUUGUGAUAAGGGAGCGUGUGUCGAAGGUUAUAGAAAGAAAUUAAGCCUCCCAGGGAUCGCUAAAGCAAUGCCUCGCGGCCGCCCAAGGCUUGGGAGAGAGAUCCCCGUCAGCCCGGCUGUGCUGCCCAGCGCUCCCCCACCACCACGUGUGUACUUUCGACGUCAGCCGAAAGACAGCUGUUUGCCUCGACGAUGAUUCUGUUCGUAGUUAUAAUGAAUGUUUUGUUUCUCCACAGAAUUGCGAAUAAAUAACGUACUUUUCUCCUGCGAUGAGUGACAAUGAAUUCGGUGUAGCGAGGGCGGUGAUGGCGUGUGUGUGGAUGGUGAUGUUGCACCGCGGGCUCGUACCUAUGUGUUGCAUGUAACUGGUAGGGAGGAGGUGCCGCACAAGGACCAAUGAUGAAGAAGAGCAAGUUACUGAGCCGGCUGCUGCGAGGUGGCUCCGGGGGCAGCACGAAGGGCCCCUCAGGAGGGCCGCCCGAGCUGGGGGAGGCCGGGAUCGCGCCCAACCCCAUGAUGGCCGCCCGUAGUGCCAGCGCCGGGAGCGGGCGCAGGCGGGAGGUCGUGACCGUAAGCGCGCCCAAGAGCGCUCCGGCCAGCAGCGCCCGGGAGCCGCAGUUCCACUACCAGCAGCAGGGGCAGCAGAGGAGCGGCGUCGAGCGCUCGUCCUCAUGGAAGUACACGCAUGACCACACGCCCGACUCGUUCAGCAUCAACAGCUCCCCGUCAAUCCUGGAUGGGCGCGGGACCGGGGGCUCGCACGGCCAUGGGGAGGAGGUGCACUCCAUCGAGAAGAGCCAGAGCUGGAGCGGCGACAGGCUGCUGGACUGCGCCACCGACUCGGGCUCCAGCAGGGGCGGAACCAACAACAGCAGCCGCGCCGGCAGCGGCAGUCGCGCGGGAAGUCGCACUGGCACCAGCAGCCGGUCCUCGCGGGAGCGUGGGGUCGUCGGCGGUCCUCCCAGCCUUGCUGCCAGCAGUCGCACCGGCAGUCGCACCGGGAGCCGCACCGGUAGUCGUGCUGGCAGUGACCGCGGCGACUCGACCCCAAGCAGCGUGUACGACCACCCAGUCGAUCACUCCCGAGUCUCGUCUCACACGGACGCCGAUGGCUACGAGAACGUGGAGCUGCCAUCACCGCAGAGGGACAGCGGCGACAACAGCAGCAGUGAGCAGGGGAGCUCCGGACGGCAGCACGGGUCACGUCUCAGCGUCAAAAGCAGCGGUCGGAGGUCGCGCCGCCCCAGCCCGCGCCGCCAGACCGGCCACGCCAAGUCCCAGGAGUCGACGGACACGCGGGACAGCCGCAGCAGCCGCGGCAGCGUGCGGAGUAACGUGCCCGCCAUUUCCCUGAGCACCUCCAGCCCUGUGCCAUCGCUCAAGGCCCCUGGGAGCCGGUCUCCCUCGCGCAAAUCUAGGAGGUCUCCCAGCAGAUCGCCCAACCGGGCCCCAAGCCGCUCUCCGAGUCGCUCUGACAGUCGCAGAAGAGAUAGUCGUAGAACAAGCAGUCGGUCCCCCAGCAGGGCACCUAGCCGUUCUCCCAGCAGAGGCCCUGCUGGCUCCCCUCAGAGGGCGCCCAGCAGGUCGCCAGUGAGGAUGCCCAGCCGCGUCUCGCCCGGCGACCCCUGGACUCGCAUCCCCGGAACCCAGGAUCCUCUGCAGAUCCGCUACAACGGCGAGCCGCCCCCGGGCGGGCCUCGGAGCAUGUCCUACGAGGAGGGGCGCAUGGGGGCCGCCGGCACUCGCAGCCCGCAGCCGCCCCUGUGGAAGGCCCGCUCUUGGCAGCAGUACAGCAUCAGCGGCAGCACCCCGCAGAGCGAGCGUGCCCGCCAGCUGGCCAAGAGUCGGUCGUGGCAGCAGCAGCACUCCGUCAACCUGGGCCUGUCGAUGGAAGGAGGACUGGGACGCCCUCGGCAGCAUCACAUCACGAGGCAGGAGGCUGUAGUAGCGCAACCGACUGCCCCGAUGGGUAAGAGCCGCUCGUGGCAAGUGAGCCACGAAGCAGAUCCUGUGCCCGGCCCUCUCCCACGCACUUAUACGGUCUCGGAGCGGCGGGGGCAGCGCUCCUCCAUACGUCUGGCGCCACCCUCGCCAACACGCCCAACUCCGCCCUCCUACUCUCACUCCCCUGCCAGGUCCCCGAUAAGUGCCCUGCCGCCCCAGACUCACCCCUCUCCCAACACUAACAUGCCCAUACACGACAUGAGAGCUCAUCUCCAACACAUUCACCAUCCACCCAUGCGCACCCAGGCUAGUAUCGGAGGCUAUGGUGCUCCUCCGCCGACUUCUGUAGCACCACCACAUGUCACAGACUAUGUGGAGCUGCGUAACUAUGAGGCCAUGGAGCGGCAGCAGCAGCAGCAGCAGGAGUAUGUGGACCUGCGGCAGUACCGGGCAGAUCAGGUACGGCCUGCCCGAGACCCCAUCUGGCGGGAACGAUACUUUACACCAAAUCAGUUUUCUCACAUGAAGCCAAUGCACCAGCAACCGUUGCAGCAGCAACAGCAAAUGCAUCAGCAUUUGCAUCAGCAACAGUUGCAGCAACACUUCCAACACCAACAGUCACUGCCACAGCAGCAAAUGAGACAAAAGCAUAUGCAACCGAGGCCGUUGGUCCACCAAAAGUCACUGAUGACGGGUGGCUUCGAGUCGAGCCAAUACGGGUCUCCGUCUCAGUUGGACGGGGAGUAUGCCUCGCUGCAGGAGGUGCGCGACAAUAUGCUGCGGGACACCCUAACCCGCGACGGUACUGUGCGUUACCGUAAGACCAAUGCUGCCAAAGAGAAGGAGCAGAAUCAUGCUCAUGACCAGAGCCGACAGGGGCCAGUGAAGUCAGCCUCUCUCAUGACUUCCCAGGAGCUGCUUAAUACCCUCAAGAGACAGCUGGCGCUCUCGUCACCCACGCGAACGUCUCGCAGCAAGAGCAUGGAGGCGGGGCGCGCGGCGGCCGCCAUGAACGCCGAGAAGAACGAUGAGCCCGUGAGCAAGGGCCUGGACGAGGGCGGCGUGAGCGACCGCCUCUCGCCCGCCCUCAUGGCCCUGGUGGCAGAGAAGAGGGCGCGCCUCAAACGUUCGACUGGCGCCUUCUCAGGUAGCGGCGGAGGACGUGUAGCAGUGUUACGGCAGUUCACCGCGCCACCAACGAGAUGUACAGUAGUCGACACACAAACGCCGCCGCUGCCGCCACCUGCUGCCCUCAACCUCUCUCGCGCUUGCUCUCACCUGCAUGUCUACACUGCACGUACAACCAGCUGCCACACUUGUCCUAGGGUGGACAUACGCGCGCGCGCGCGCGCUCACGGAAGGAUACAUCACAUCACAGUAGUAGUGGCCAGUUCAAACAGCAACAAAAUUCAGAUUUAG